GUCUUUCAUUUGAGCCUUUGUUUUUGUUUUGAGAACUGUUUUGUUUUCCCAUGUCUGUCUGAAUUCAAUAUAGAUGAUGGGGUUUCUAGCUCUGUGAAGUUUGUUGAUUUGAGGUUCAUUUUCAUGUGUUGUGUGAAUCUGGGUUGGAUUGGGAUUUGGGAUUUGGGAUUUUGGGAUUUGGGAAGGGGAAACUCCCUCAUUUUGGGGAACAAGAAAACCUGCAAUCACGUGUGCAAUGAGUAAACUUUGACCUUGUGACCUAAUCCCUAGCCCGAGUGUGUGAAUUGGGUAAACCUUGUCGUGUCGAAGGACCGCAAAAGCAGGCAAACCAACUUAGGUUGCCUAUAGUUGAUCGACGAAAAUGAGGAUUGGUGUUGUUCAUGGUGAUAUGGUGAAUUAAGUGUAAUUCUCAGAUUCUGAAGAGGUUUGACGUUGUCAUUGUCAUUUGACUGAUUUGCGGUUUUGUGGUUAUGUUGAAUUGAGUGAUAUUCAGAUUCUGAAGGGGUUUGUUUAACAUUGUGUGACAAUGCCCUCUUCAGAAAAUCAGGGCUCUUUUUCUCGUAUUCCUUUCCCUUCGUUUCGUCGUGGGAUUUUUUCUAUCAGGAGUGAUCAGAUACACUCGGUGGAAAGUGAGCAGGGGGGGUCUAGUAGCCAAGAGUCUGGAGGGUCGGAGUUAAGGUCAUUUCAAAGACUAGUUUCAUCUCGGUUUUCUGAUCUCUCGGUGGCAAAUGGGGAAGAAUUCCUCUCGGUUUCGUGGGUAAGGAAGUUGUUGGAUGCGUUUGGGGAUUGUCAGGAUGAGUUUAGGGCGGUCUUAUGCAGCCGCAAAGAGUUCAUCUCGAAGCAGAGUCAAGACAAGAUCCUCUCGGAUUAUUUUGAUAUGAAUAUUAAGGCGCUCGAUAUAUGCAAUGCGACCCGAGAUGGGAUUCAGAAGAUUCAUUUGUGGCAGAGGCAUUUGGAGAUCGUCGUUUCUGCAUUGGAUCCUCCUCAACAAAGAAUGAUCGGCGAGAGUCAUCUGCGUCGAGCGAGAAAAGCUCUGACGGAUUUGAGUCUAGCGAUGCUAGAUGAAAAGGACACGGGGUCCGUCUUUUCGAUCCGGAACCGGUCUUUUGGACACCACAACAGGACUAAAGACCACCCUCAACGUUCCCCAAGGCACUCGAGGUCUCUCUCGUGGAGCGUGUCGCCCUCCUGGUCCGCAUCCAAGCAGCUUCAGCUUAUCGCCAACGGUUUAGUCCCUCCUAACGCCAACGAGGUUGCCGCUACUAACGGUCUAGCUACACUCGUGUUCACAAUGAGCCACGUCCUUUUGUUCGUUCUGUGGGCCAUCGUUGCCGCCAUCCCCUGCCAAGACCAUGGCCUCCAGACCAACAUCACCAUCCCCAAUCUAUUCCCGUGGAGCCGUUCCCUCCAGACACUCCAUUCCCGGAUAAUGGAAGAAUCCAAGAAACGCGGUCGAAACUCCAACAACGGACUACUAAAGGAAAUCCAUCAAAUCGAAAAAGGCGUCCACCACUUAUCCGAGCUGCUAGAUUCUCCUCAGCUCCCGCUCUCCGAGGAACACAAGGAAGACGUCAGGGAAAGCGUGGGGACACUAUCGCUGGUAUCCAAAACUUACCAGACAGAGCUCGGGCCGCUAGAACGCCAACUGAGGGAGGUCUUCAGAAAAAUCAGAACCUGUCGCGCCGAGGGUCUCGAGUUCUUGGCGAAUACCUGAGAGUGAGAAACAUAAACCUAUGACUGUUGUGUUGUGUUGUUUUGUCAACUGUAAGUGAAGAAGGAAGCCUUAAAAGUUCCAGCAAUUGCCAUCACUGUUUGGAAGAACAUUUUGAGAUGGCAAUUGGUGGAAUUCAAAACUUUCAGUGCUGAUGGGUAUGAAUUGGUGGAAACAUUAAUGGCUAUGAUGUGGAAGAGAAGAUUUUGUUUGAUGUUUGUUUAUGUUCAAAUCUUUUAACUUUCAACUCUGUUCUGUUUCACUGUUUGGAUAUACUCCGUAUAAUUUACAGAUCUUUUUAUUA